AUUCCCAGUUUGGUUUUACCUUUGAGAAUCUACAUGACCAGCCUCUCAACUGACUUGGACACUGGUUUACUCCAGGGUUCAGAGACAGUACUGCAUCCAGCACAACUCUUGAAGGAUGGUAGAGGAUGAAGAAAUAAAGACAACACUCAGGAAACAGAAAGCUGAGGACUUGCCUUGCUCUAGCCUUGCAUGUGUGAUUGAUCUCCACUUUCAGCCCAUUCCCACAAGAUAGUCCUUAUCUUUUUGGGUGCCACUUGAAGAAUGGACGAUGAUGAUUUUGGUGGUUUUGAGGCUGCAGAGAGUUUUGAUGGUGGAAAUGGUGAGACUCCAACAACAUCUCCUGCUAUUCCUUGGGCUGCCUUUCCUACAGUCCUGUCCUCUGUGUUGUCCUUUAGUAUCUGGAGUCCACCUGUCACCAGUGUCUCCCGAGCUUGUUGUGGACCAUGAGCGCUCGUCUCCUUCAGCGGGCUGCUUUUCUCCUGAUGCCUUUCUUUCCUCACCGGACAGCGUGCACACCGACAGCAGCGUCGGGGGCCACAGUGUUCCGAAAGCGCAGGUUCAGCAAUCAACACAUACACAUCUAGACAUCCCACUUUUUCCAUUGAGUUUAUCGGAUGAGACAAGUAAUGGAACAGUUGCUCUUGGGGAUGAUUCUGAAGAUCCUGCAGCCAGCAUAUCAAACAUACAGCUUCGGCAAAAAAUUUCAGAUCUGGAGAUGAAACUCAAAAUGUCUGAAGAAGAAAAACAACGGAUUAAAAAGGAUGUAGAAUCAUUAAUGGAAAAGCACGGUAUCUUAGAAAAAGACUUUCUAAAAGAAAGAGAGCAAGAAGCCAUUUCCUUUCAAGACAGAUACAAAGAACUACAGGAAAAACAUAAACAAGAAUUGGAAGACAUGAGGAAAAUGGGCCACGAAGCACUUGGAAUUAUUGUGGAUGAAUAUAAGGUAGAGGCAUUACUGCAGUCUUCAGUCAAGCAGCAAGUAGAAGCUAUUGAAAAGCAGUACAUUUCUGCCAUUGAGAAGCAAGCACACAAGUGUGAGGAGCUGCUCAAUGCGCAGCAUCAGAGGCUCCUUGAAAUGCUAGAUACAGAAAAAGAACUGUUAAAAGAAAAAAUAAAGGAAGCUUUGAUUCAGCAAUCUCAAGAACAGAAGGAAAUAUUGGGAAAAUGUUUGGAAGAAGAAAGGCAAAAAUAUAAGGAAGCAUUAGAAUCUGCUGCAAAGUUAGAGCAAGAAGCAGUGAAGGAUAUAGUUAUGAAAGCCAUUGAAGAAGAAAGAAAGAACUUGGAGAAAGCACAUGCAGAAGAAAGGGAAUUAUGGAAAGCAGAACAUGCAAAAGACCAAGCAAAAGUAUCUCAGGCCAUUGAAACAGCGAUACAGGAACAGAGGAAAAUCAGUCAGGAAACAGUUAAGGCAGCAAUAGUAGAAGAGCAAAAACGAAGUGAAAAGGCUGUGGAGGAGGCUGUGAGAAGAACAAGAGAUGAACUGAUUGAGUACGUAAAGGAGCAGAAAAGGGAGCAGUGGGAGACUCCUUGUGUGAUGCCUUGGAAGAGCUAUGACAGCCAGCAACUCCCUGAGGGGCUGCUAACAAACUCUUCACAUCCUCUCCAUGUCUUCACACCACUGGAGUGGCCAGCACUUUUCAGGGGGCUCAGAGACCCUGAUGCUUCUGCAAAUCCUCAGGCAAGACAUUCAGUCAUACUCGGGUCCAUGAAUUAGUGCCAAUAAAGUCUGGAGCAGUCUUCAAAUUAGGCUGCGCAUACAAGAAAACAGCAGAAGAAGACAUUUCUUUUCCUUCUACAUAUGUUUUACACUGGCAGAAGACCGUAAAAUUAAGGUCCCAUGUCUUGUGUUAAGGCCUCCGCCUGCUUCACUGCUGGUAUCAGAACCUGGCGCUUACCUUUGUCCUGUGGUUUGUUCUUUUACACUGUUACCUUCUUUGCACACUUACCCAUGAACAAUCCAAUGGCAGCUACACACCUGAUUAUUAUUUUUCACCUGUGUGUGCUAAACUCUAGAGAUCUCACCCAAGUUAUCUAACUUAUUAUUGAAGCAGAAAAUUUAGCAACUCUUUACUACUUGGAGAAACACAUUCCUAUGACAGUAUGUUUGUAAUGGAAGGGAACAGAAUAACAAGGAGGAAGGAAGGUUUUAUUUUAGUGACUGAUGUGAUCUCUCUUUGGGUCAUGUCAGGAAUGCGAGCCAUCACCUAGCACACUUUAUUGCAUUAUUAUCACUAUGGGCUGCUCUGUGCCGUGCCUUUGAGAGAAAACACUGACACAGGGCAUGUCUCAGGCCCAAGAGACUGGUGGCGUAAGGGACAGCUUUGUCACAAGUGACAUUGAAUCCGGUUGAGCUUUGCUAUGGGGAUAACCACAGGGUACUAGAGGAGCAGAGAGCAGCUGGCCAGCGGGAGCUACAGCAAAGACUUUCCUGCAGGGAGAGUAGCAUGCAAAUGACCACGCAGUCCUUGCUGAAGUGGAGAGUAGUUCUGUGAGAUUCCAAGGCUGAGAAGCUGUUCAUCAGGGGCCGGUAUUGAGUCCACACUGCUGGAGAACAGAGUGGGAUAACUAUGAAGUGAAGUCCAAGGGUGAGGAUAAGAGCUGAGAUCAAAUUAAAUACCCAGGAGAAGGGGGAUCUCAAGUAGGUAGGAGUAAGAGGCUGAGGCAGAUAGAUCCAGGUAGGCUGCGAAAGAUUUACCUCUGCAGGUGCUGAAGUUUGAGGCCGCACGAGAGAGAAAUGAGAGGGAAAAGUGCUCGGUGUCAACUACAUGUCACACCCUGUGCAUGGCCCAGACGAACUCCUAUGCAGACCAUUUAAAGGGCAUAAAUGUCAUUUCACACCUGGGGAACCUAGUCGAAAAGGGCAGCACGGCGGCAGAGCAGCUCCCAAGAAAUGGAUGCAGGACUCAAGCCCAAGUCCCAAAGACUGUUCUUUCUGGCAAGAGGUCAGCUGACCUUUCAGCUGCAAUGAACAGGUUGCAAUGAACUGGACAGAAGCCACAGGGAGUUGGCCCUAGACUUUCUGUAGCCACACAGCAUUCAGUGGGUGGGCUGGGGUUUGGAACGUGCCUGAACAAACUGCCUGAGGUGUAGGUGUCAAGGUCCAAGGAAAAAAUCCUGGAGGAAGCAAAGGUACAACCAAAUUGUUCCACACAAGUGACCUGGAUUUGGGGAUAGAAGUGUGAGAUAAGAAGGGAGGAGUUAAAAGAAAAGUGGACACCAGCACCACUAGGCUGACGGAGGUGGGGGAGGUAGUGCUUGGUAAUGAAGUGACUGAUUUUGCAGAAGAGGAAUCUCUAAUAUGUAAUCAGCCAUGGUUUCACUGCUGCACUGUAAAUUCCAACAGUCACCUUAAUCCUCCUGUCAGUGUCCCCCCACACACUCCCACAGGCUAAGUGAAAUGUCCAGAGAGGAAGAAAGGCCUGUCCAUGUGAGAACUAAGCAGCCACCAGGGAGACAGAGAUCCACAAAGGGAGGAUUAGGUUUUGGCGGGAGGAAUCAGCGAAGCUGUAAAUAACCUUCCUGAACGUCAGAGAUUACUAGGGCUUUGAAAGAAUUGUCAUUAUCACACAACAGAUAAAAAUUCAAAUAAUGAAUGAAAGCACAAAACAAUUUCACUUAAAUCCUUUUUCAAAAGGGCAAGUUGACCCUAGCUGACAUCUGGCUUAUGGCAAGAAGAUAUUUCUCUUAGAGCUGCCUUAAAUGGGUGACCUUGGAAAGCAGUUAAUUUUCCAUCCCUGGAAGUGUUUAGACAAAGACAACACACACCACCAGCAUGACCACGAUGGAAAGAAUCCAUCUGUCAAAUGGGAGUGCACUACAAAGCCUUUUAAACUCCUUCCCAGUCCUCAGAUCCCGACUUACAGUCCAGGCAGGCAAGCUGUCAGAUACCUGGAUGAAUCACACUUCUAAGCAAGCAUGCACUAGGUCUGGGAAUGCACAGUUAAUGAAACUCAGUAAAGGAGUGAGUACAAAAUCCACCCAACUUAGGCAUGGUGACACACACCUGUAAUCCCAGCAUUUGGGAGGCUGAGGCUGAGGCAGGAGCAUUGUUGCAAAUUCUAGACCAGCCUGGGCUACAAAGUGAGUUCAAGGUCAACCUAGACUAUGUAGCAAGACCCUGCGCCCCCUCCUCCCAAAUUCACUUAAACAGAUUGAGAGGAAAACUGAACCAUUAACAUCUAAGCAAAGGGUAAAAUUCCUUACUCCAGACAGGUUUCUGAUUUCAUUCAGUCUGUCUUGUGCUUCUGUUUAUUUGCAACAAGUCACUUGGCAUAGGCAGCCUCUCAUUUGCUCACAGGACAGGUAGACAGAAUGUCCCUGUCUGAAUAGGCAGCUGCCAAAACUAGGUCCAACUAAGGGUUCUCUUGCCUCAGAUUUGUGUCCAGAUUGAGUCGGCUUUUGUUCCAGUAGACUAGUGAAGCCCCCACGCUGGAGGUUAGAAGGAGUGACAGUCCACCAGUUCCGAGAGAGAAGGUAAUGGGGGUAAGGAAAAGAAGACAGAAGCACACACUGAGGCAGAAUGUCAGCACCAGCCAACUCUCCUCUCCCCACAGCCAGGCUGGAACCAAGAGCAAGCCGCUGCCCAGCAGCACCAGGCUUGGAGGUGUAUGUUGGAAGCUUUGGCCUCAGUGCAGUAGUGAUGGGGUGGGGUCCUUAAGGACUGAGUCUUACUGGAGAUCUUGGGAGGGGGCUCUAAUGACAUUGUAGGGCCACAGACUGACUGCAGCUUCCUAUCCCAAGAUACGAUCGAUCUUCCUUUCCCCAUGUGCUCCCCACUGCCAGCCACCACGAAAGGACCAGGGUCGGUGGGUCAUUGGAGCGCAAGCUGCUCCAUCAGAAUAUGCUGCAUACAAACCUGUGAACUAAGUGAACUUCUGUGUUAGUUAUCGUACUGUGUACACUUUGUUAUAGAAACAAAGGCUAACUCAUACAAGUUUACAAGAGAGGGGUACUCAACAAGUGCUGAGACACAAGUACAAAGAGAUGUAUUAAAAAACAAAGUUUCCCAAAGUUUCUCCCAAAAUACAUCCAGAAGAGUACAUAUAUGCAAGUGGUGAAAAGCACCUACAUAUUAAAUCCUAGCAUGCCUCAAAUUUUAUGUGUCAGUCAGGGAUGAACAUACCUACAUAAACAGAAUUCAUAGGUAAACCAUAAAUUUGCAAAGAGCAGAUAUUACUGGUUUGAACUUUGAUGCAUAGAAUAUUUCCUCACUCCUUAUGAUGAGGCAACUUGGAGAAUAUUCAGAAGUCAGAUUGGACCUAAAUCAACCCAGACUAAAUCACCACCCCUGCAAAAUCAACUGUAGAUCUCAAAAUGUCAAUGCUUGAAUUAAGAACAGAUUUUUCCAUUUGCAACCAGCCAAAGCAGGUACCCUCGCUGACCCUCUCAUCCUGCCCCAAGGGCUAAGUCUGUCUAGGGCAGGGCUGGCGCAUUCUGGAGAGCAGCUCCAACAGACUGGGUUCGCAAGGCCAAGGACUUCCAUUCUUGCCCAACAUUCUCUCUUCAAGGAAACUAGAAGUAAAUUUAUAUCCCCCUCACAAUUCCAGAGGACUGGAUCACAUUGAAGCUACUUCCUGGCUUUAAAAAUAUUUUUCUCCCUGUAAACUAUUUCCAAAUUAAUGAGAAAUGUUGAGGCAUUUAAACCCCUUUGAGCCCCUCCUUGAAGCCAGGUAUAGUUCCAGCAACGGCAGAUAGCAAUUGUAGCUAAAAGGCCCUAUUCAUGCCAGGAAUAGCUUAGAAUCUGAAGAAUAAGGUGUUCAUGUAUACAAGGCUAAAACUCAGGGACUGAUCAGGUAGCAGGCAAGUGUAAGCCUGUGUCUCCCUGGGGGACCAGCAAAGGCCUCCCUGAGGAGGAAACUGAGGGGUGAAUUAUGGUAAGCUGGAGACAGUGGAAGAGUGGCAUUUGAAAGUGAGGGACUCCUGUGCUAGGCUACCCCAGGUGCAAGGAAAGUGAGUGGCCUGUUACAAGGACAUAUGUUUUGUGUCCUCAUUGUGCACAGGUUUUCCUGGGAAAGGCACAGCCAUGGUGUGGUCUUGACAUUCAAGUGCACACAUGCAUUGCAGCUCAGCAGAGAGAGUGCUGAUUCAGGAUGAUCUGUGACACCUGAGAUGGGUACUGAGGGACUUGAGCUGUGGUCCCCAGGGCAGGCAGGAUGGCUAGGAGUUGUACAACAGGCAGUUCUCAGGGAUCCCACCUAGCAGAAACCUCUGCACCUGAACAAACAAGAGCUUGGAUGCCCUGGAGUCAGUGUGAGUGGAGAGGGCUGAGAACUGGGUAGCUGCUCCUGGAAGCAGGGAGUUUCCAGAGCACAGAAUCUGAAAGGGUUCAGCACUGCAUUUCAAGUGGAAAGAAGGAGAAGCAGAGAAGGAUGUUGGGCAGGCAGGCAGUGGCAGAAACAUCUGGAAGUCUUGAAACAAAUUUACAAUGUGCCUGUAGACUAAAGAAUCUGGGCAACAGAGCAGCAGAAGAGGUUUGAUAUCCAAAUCAUUCUGGUGGGCACCAGAUCGGAAGUGUAACUAAGCUUGCCGAGUUACCAUGAAUGUCUUGAAUGGGUCCAUUUGUUAAAGUGCAAAGGCCUAUGAGAGGGAUGAGAGCUAUGAUUAACUCGUAUUUGAGAGUAAGUUAAGAUCUGUGACUAAGCAAAACUGUUCCAGAGGAAGAGGAGGCUACAGCAGGAGACCAGAGGCGCUGGUUACUGCUGGAAGCCUGGACGAAUUGGGCCUCCGGCACGGCUUAACCUAGUCUUUAUUCUGCAUGGCCCAGCCUGACUAUGUGAAACUUCCUUUCCACAGACUGUACUUGGGCAUAACUGUCCAUGGCCUAUGUUUUUAAUUGCUGUAGUUCUUAAAGUAUGAUCCCCAAGGGGGCUGGGGAUUUAGCUCAGCGGAAGUGCCUGCCUUGUAAACAGGCAGUCAUGAGUUCGAUCCCUGGUACCGAUAAAAAGGAAAAAGACAAAAAAAAAGUAUGAUCCCCAAAAAGCAAAACCCACAUCUCCUGGAGUUGGUUAGAAAUGCUUGUUCCUGUAUCAGAGACGCCAUCGCCAUCUGGGCCAGCUGUCUCCUGCCGCGGGCCCUUGGGUGGGCCUCAGGUGGCCUCAGUGUAACUUACAGCCCUGAAACUCAGCAGAGGAAAACAGUGGAAAUGUCCAUUUGGUGUUAGAAUGACUUGAUGUAGUAGCAUGGAAUAGUUCAAUCUUUUCUAAAUGUGCUUUUAUAUGGAUGUUUACCCAGCAAAGGAUUUAGGAUAUGUAUGGUUGGAAAAUAUUCAUAAGUGAUGAUUCCACAGUUCUAGAAUGACUUUAUAAGGGCCUAUGUUAUUGUAUGGGCUAUGAAUCAUAACUCCUGCAGUUAACGGUGGUAUUCAGCAAAACAAAAUAGAGACAGCUCUUUCUCCCCACCAAGUAAGCCCAGUUGUUACAUGGACUGCAAGUUUUUUUUGUGCCAUCAUCUUUCAAAGGGUUAUCUCUGCUGAUAGUGCUGGAAAUUUUUCUUUCCUUGCACCUUACUUUGAAUCAAUAAUACUGUAGCUGUGAUAAUAAUGUCUGUUUACACGGUCUAUGAUAUUUCUGAAAUGAAGUCUGAGUUGCUGCUGAAACCAGCAUUUCUCAGAUUUUUUCCAUUGCUCUCCGUGAGUAAUCCAAUACACACGACAGGAGAAAAGAGUAAACACUUUUGUGAUAAUCCAAAUGUUUUCAGUGGAAUUUUAAACAGUUUGACAAUUUGGUCUUGUUAAAAAAGUGAUAUAAAAUAAAUGUGUCUUAGUAAGUAAUUGUCCAUUAAAUAUUAUAAUUCUGUC